CCGAGUCUCGGGGCGGAGGGUGGCGGGCGGCGGCGCCGGCGGCGGCGGGAGCAGCAUGGAUUGGGGCACCGAGUUGUGGGAUCAGUUCGAGGUCCUGGAACGCCACACGCAGUGGGGGCUGGACUUGCUGGACCGAUACGUAAAGUUCGUCAAAGAGCGCGCCGAGGUGGAGCAGGCGUACGCCAAGCAGCUGCGGAACCUGGUGAAAAAGUACCUGCCCAAGAGGCUUCCCAAAGAUGACCCCGAAUCCAAGUUCAGCCAGCAACAGUCCUUUGUGCAGAUUCUGCAGGAAGUGAACGACUUUGCGGGCCAGCGGGAGCUGGUGGCCGAGAACCUCGGGAUGCGCGUGUGUCUCGAGCUGGCCAAGUACUCGCAGGAGAUGAGGCAGGAGAGAAAGAUGCACUUCCAGGAGGGCCGGCGGGCCCAGCAGCAGCUGGAGACCGGCUUCAAGCAGCUGGAGAAUAGCAAGCGCAAAUUCGAGCGAGACUGCCGCGAGGCGGAGAAGGCGGCUCAGACCGCGGAGCGCCUGGACCAGGACAUCAACGCCACCAAGGCGGACGUGGAGAAGGCCAAGCAGCAAGCGCACCUGCGCAGUCACAUGGCCGAGGAGAGCAAGAACGAGUACGCGGCCCAGCUGCAGCGGUUCAACCGCGACCAGGCCCACUUCUAUUUCUCACAGAUGCCCCAGAUAUUCGACAAGCUGCAGGACAUGGAUGAACGCCGCGCCUCCCGCCUGGGCGCCGGGUACGGGCUCCUGUCCGAGGCCGAGCUGCAGGUGGUACCCAUCAUUGCCAAGUGCUUGGAAGGCAUGAAGGUGGCCGCCGAAGCCGUGGACGCCAAGAACGACUCACAAGUCCUCAUAGAGCUGCACAAGUCCGGCUUCGCCCGCCCUGGCGAUGUAGAAUUCGAAGACUUCAGCCAGCCAAUGAACCGCGCGCCCUCGGACAGCAGCCUGGGCACCCCCGCGGACGGGCGGCCGGAGCUCCGCGGCCCCGGCCGCAGCCGGGCCAAGCGCUGGCCCUUCGGCAAGAAGAGCAAGCUGCGUUCCCCUCCCCUCUCCCCACUGGGGGGUUCCCUGCCCCCGGCAUUGCCUAACGGGCCCCCAUCCCCCCGCUCCGGCCUCGACCCCCUGGCCCUACUGAGCGAGAUCAGUAAGUCGGUCAAACCGCGGCUAGCGUCCCUCCGCAGCCUCCGAGGUGGCCGUGUGACGGUGGUGACUGAAGAUUUCAGCCACCUGCCCCCAGAGCAGCAGAGAAAAAGGCUUCAACAGCAGCUGGAAGAACGCAGCCGUGAGCUACAGAAGGAGGUGGACCAGAGGGAAGCCCUAAAGAAGAUGAAGGACGUGUACGAGAAGACCCCCCAGAUGGGGGACCCUGCCAGCUUGGAGCCCCAGAUCGCAGAAACCCUGAGCAAUAUCGAAAGGCUGAAGUUGGAAGUGCAGAAGUAUGAGGCCUGGCUGGCGGAAGCCGAAAGCAGAGUUAUAAGCAACCGAGGAGACAGCCUGAGCCGGCACACGCGGCCCCCGGACCCCCCCAGCAGUGCCCCACCGGCGGACAGCGACGGUAACAAGAGCGGAUCCCAGGAAAACAAGGGGAGCAGCACGCCAGAGGCGCCCUCGGAAGAGGCUCAGGACGGCCCCAUCUACACGGAGUUCGAUGAGGAUUUUGAAGAGGAGCCCGCGUCCCCCAUAGGCCACUGCGUAGCCAUCUAUCACUUCGAAGGGUCCAGCGAGGGCACCAUCUCCAUGGCCGAGGGGGAAGACCUCAGCCUCAUAGAAGAAGACAAAGGAGACGGCUGGACGCGGGUCCGAAGGAAACAGGGGGGCGAGGGCUACGUGCCCACUUCGUAUCUCCGGGUCACGCUCAACUGAACCUCGCCAGAGGCGGGAAGAAGUGGGUGGCGGCGGCUGCUGCUUCUGGGCCACAGAGGGGGGCCCCAGGACCUAUGCACUUUAUUUUUCUGCCCCUGUGGCUUCAGCUGAGACCUUGUAACCCGCGCCCCCCACCCCCAGCCCCACCUCCUCAGUGCCACCUGUCACCAGACAGACCCGCUGUGCCUUCUGUCGUUGGAUGUACAUACUCGUGUUCCAAAUCUUCCUGCCUCUCGGCGUGGG